UAGAGUGGUGCUUUGGUGCAAGUGCUUGCCUUCCCUAUACAUUCACUUCUUUUAAAAAACAUUUAUUGAAUAUAAGAAAUAUAUGUGGAGAUGAAUAUAACAAAUUUUUGCCUUUGAAGAACUAAAAAAUCUAAUUGUGUUUAACUGCACACAACAUAUAAGGCAGGAUGAGGUUCUUGGGACCACCGCGGAGCUUCCGGACCUGAUGCGGGCGCCCUGUCUUGGACUGUCCCACCUUGCUCUGCUGCUCCGGGUGCUCCCGCGCCCAGACUGGUUUCCGGGGAUUGUGACUUGCAGGGUCCGCCAUGGAGCCAGAGCAGAUGCUGGAGGGGCAGACGCAGGUUGCAGAAAACCCUCACUCUGAGUACGGUCUCACAGACAAUGUGGAGAGGAUAGUAGACAAUGAGAAGAUUAAUGCAGAAAAGUCAUCAAAACAGAAAGUGGAUCUCCAGUCUUUGCCAACUCGUGCCUACCUGGAUCAGACAGUUGUGCCUAUUUUAUUACAGGGCCUUGCUGUGCUUGCAAAAGAAAGACCACCAAAUCCCAUUGAAUUUCUAGCAUCAUAUCUUUUAAAAAACAAGGCACAGUUUGAAGAUCGAAACUGACUUAAUUGGGAAGAACAGAAAAAUUUGGUUUCUACUGUAGAUUUACAUGAUUAAGAGGCAGCUUUAAUUGCCAUGAUUCCCCCCCCCCCCCCUUUUGGAAAUAUAAGAACCUUCAGGACAACAGAACUUAUUUCCGGAAUUGCAGAAGAAAACAUAUUUCCCUUAUUUUGAUUUAAUCACCAUACUUAUUUAAUGAGUGUAUUCUGUGCAAUUUUUUUCUCAGAUUGUCUUUAACUUUGUUUUUAAAAUAACCUUCAAAAUAAACCGUUAAAGCGUCA